AUGACAAGAGGAAACCGCAGAAAAGCUCCUUUACUGUUGCCGUCGGCAACUAUUAGGGAUCCUCUUGCAAAAAGAAAACAAAGAACCACAAAUGAAAAAAAAGUAGAAAAUCUUAUGCCGACAAACAAGUCUUCUCGAAUACAAUCAACUCAGGAACACCAACCACUACUGCCUUCAACGCGUCACAUACUUUAUGAAAAACAAAAACAAUUACAUGAUUAUUUUAGAGAUGUCGCAAUUCGAGAAGCAAUCAAUCGUGUACCACAAUUUGAAUGUUUUGGUGUUGAAUUCUUAGCAUUAGGCGAAAUUGAAGUAAUUGAAAAUAGUUUAAAAGCAAUUAGUGUUAUUCUAUCAAUGAAUUAUGACUUAGAAAAAUAUCCGAUUGAUUUUGUGCACGCUUUUAUUCGUCUCAAAGCACUUAAUACAUUUUUACGUUUAUGUGAUAAUUUUUACAUGUUGGAAAAUGAUCGAUGUUCAACAUUAAUACAACUCAUUGCCAAAGCGUGGUUCAAUUGUCUCUAUUAUAUGUUACCUACAUGUUUAUUUCCAAUGAAAUAUGGUGAUCCAAUUUUAGGUUUAACUCAAAAUAAAUUAAAACAAUCUGAUAUUGAAAAAUUAGAAUAUAUUGAUGAAAAUAUUCCAGAUUUUGUUCAAACAUUGCAAUUUGCCGUUGAUUAUGAUGAUAAAUUAACAAGUGAAUGUCGUCGAUUUAGUCAUUAUUCAGUACUAUUACGUUAUGUUAUUAUGAUAUGGAAGGCAUUAAAAGACGGAAAUAUUAUUGAUGGACAGACUCCUCUAUCGUCUUUGACGAGUGAUCAGUCACAACCAUCGUCUAUUUCUGAUGGUGUUCCUGUUUCAGAGACAAUUAAACUUUUGGCAAUAUCAAUUUCGACAUUUUUUUCAUCAUCAUUGAUAAGAGUAGAACAAAAUAUUUGUUUAAAUAUACGGGAACAUUUCGAUUUCAUUUAUGCAUGUCGAUUAUAUGAAGAGAAAUACGGAUGGUUCGGUGGUAUCAGUUAUGAUCUAACAAAAAUGUCAGAAUAUAAACGAGAACAAUUAUAUUGUGAAUAUCGUACUAAAUGUUUUUGUUCUUUAUUGAGAAAAUGUUCAAAAAGUGUUAAGGAUUUUGUAACAGAAUAUUUGAUUUAA